GUCACAUACUGGAUGCUCUAUUAUAUUAGCCUUUGUCUUACUUUAACUUUUUGUGUGUGCUGAUUCGUACAUUUUUGUUCCUCAUGCUAGAUCCGUGUUAAAUUGCUCCUGGCUUGUGAAAGAUCUGGCCUCUCAAACGCAUCACUGUUUCAUGGUGUGUGAAGAUAACCCAGAAAAUUAAAGGAGUUUCAAAAGAGAAUUUGCAGAGGAUGCUCUAGGAAAAGUCUGAGUACUGAAGACAGUGAGAACCAUGGACCAGAACAACAGCCUUCCACCUUAUGCUCAGGGCUUGGCCUCUCCACAGGGUGCCAUGACUCCUGGAAUUCCCAUCUUUAGUCCAAUGAUGCCUUAUGGCACUGGACUUACUCCACAACCUAUUCAGAACACCAAUAGUCUGUCUAUUUUGGAAGAGCAACAAAGACAGCAGCAGCAGCAGCAACAGCAGCAGCAGCAGCAGUCUGUAGCAACUGCAGCAGCCUCAGUACAGCAAUCUACAUCUCAGCAAUCCACACAGGGUGCCUCAGGCCAGACUCCACAGCUCUUCCAUUCUCAAACUCUGACCACUGCACCAUUGCCAGGCACCACCCCCUUGUACCCUUCACCAAUCACCCCCACCACCCCUAUCACUCCUGCCACACCAGCCUCUGAGAGCUCUGGGAUCGUACCACAGCUGCAAAAUAUUGUAUCCACGGUGAAUCUUGGAUGUAAACUUGACCUAAAGACCAUUGCACUUCGUGCCCGAAAUGCUGAAUAUAAUCCCAAGCGGUUUGCUGCUGUCAUCAUGAGAAUAAGAGAGCCAAGGACAACUGCGCUGAUUUUCAGUUCUGGGAAAAUGGUGUGCACAGGAGCCAAGAGUGAAGAACAAUCCAGACUAGCAGCAAGAAAAUACGCUAGAGUUGUGCAGAAGUUGGGCUUUCCAGCUAAGUUCUUAGACUUCAAGAUCCAAAACAUGGUGGGGAGCUGUGAUGUGAAGUUCCCCAUAAGGCUGGAAGGCCUUGUGCUGACCCACCAGCAGUUCAGCAGCUAUGAGCCAGAAUUAUUUCCUGGAUUAAUCUACAGAAUGAUCAAACCCAGGAUUGUUCUCCUUAUUUUUGUUUCUGGAAAAGUUGUAUUAACAGCCAGGAAAUGCCAUUUCCUGUUCCACAGCCAGUUUGGACCUCUACCUAACCUGAACCCCUGGAGUCCAACAGACCAGUGGCUACCAAUACAACCUUUAGUGUUGGUAACAUGUGUCAGAAUACAACUUUGAUACCAAGUCAAACAAGCUGAAAUUCAAUUUCACAAUUUUGAUGAAUUGGGGAGACAUUAAUUAAUUAAUGACACUUACUGACAUUAAUGGCCAGGAUGCAUAAAGAAUGUACAUUCCCUCAGACUGAUGUUCUCUCAAGUUCAGAAGCAAAGCAUUAAUGACUUAGGGGGCCCUUAAAAUACUCCACAGGUAACCGCCUCCCACCCCCCCAUCCCUUGUCUCCUUCCCAACCACUUUCUCCUUGCAGCCCAAACCAAUUCUCAGCUAGGAUACAGUAACAGCAAAGAAACAUUUUGAAAAUCUUAUCUUGAACAUCCACAAAAAUAGAAAUACUAUAGUUGUCAAGUACUAAGAAUCAGUUCAAAGCUAAUUUCGAUUUCCCCUGUCACUUCAUUUUAUCUAUAAUUUUUGAUGAUUAAGUUUCUGUUUUUCAGAACCAGGGACUAAAUCUAGAGCCUGGUACACCACGCUGGGCAAAAUGCCCUACACUGAGUUCUAACCUCCACCAUGAGAUCUAGAUGAGAUUUCAUUCAGGCUUACUUUGAACUCAUUUGGUAGCCCUAGAAGGCCCCAGACUUAGAACUCUCCUGCCUUAAGCCUCCUGAGUAGCUGGGAUUGUAAAUUUGUACCACUAAAAUCCACUGACAACUGAAUUCUUUUGCUUGGUGUGGGUGGGUGUGGUUUUUUGAGACAGGGUUUCUCUGUGAAAUAGCCUUGGCUGUCCUGUAGACUAGGCUGGCCUUGAACUCACAGAGAUCCACCUGCCUCAGCCUCCAAAGUGUUAGGAUUAAAGGUGUGAUAACUGAAUUCUCAACUGUUGACAUCUUCAAUUUCUGAUAACCACUUUCUUUAUUUCCUCCCUAGUUCUGUAAUCAACUACCUCUCUAAACAGAUCAUUUUAUAGCUGUGUAGUACCAACUACAAAUAAGAUGACCUAAUGAUUUCUAAAAAUUUUAAAACGAUUUUUAAAAAUCUAAGGAUUUUUAAAUCUUUGUUGUAGAUAAAGUAUUUGUGAGUUGCUUGCAUCUUCCAAUAAAAAUUCAGACCUACUUUUUGCAAAUCUGUAUAUUAUUCUUUUCCCAGACCUAAUACAUCAAUUUACUCAAUAAAAUAACAGCAGUCAGAUGUAAAAUGAUAUAACACCUAUAAUAUUUGCACUCAGGAGGUGGAGGCAGAGGCAAGAGGAUGAGUUCAGGGCUAGCUUGGCCUAUAUGAGGACCUGUCUCCAAAUUUCAAGAAAGACAUGCUCAUUGAAUGUAGAGAUCUACUGAAAAAUCACUGGUUUGAAGUCGUGUAGAAUUAAGUGGUUACAUAAUUCAACUGUUUACUUUUAUGAUUGCUUCUUAUAUAAUGCUCAUUCAUAUAAAUGACUGCCAGGUCCUACAGUCACAAAUCUUGAGCACACCAUCCCUCUCAUUAACUUCCUUUCUGAAAGAAUACUUUUUCAUGACUUGCCACUUGUAAAAACAUGAGCAGCAGUAUACACAUGAAUACACACAUCACAGUUACAAAUCCAGGCAGUUCUAUUGGCAUCCAAACCUAGAUUCCUGGAAAGAGCAGCAAGUGCUCUAAACCUCUGAGGCAUAUCUCCAGCCCUGCAUCCUUACCUUUUAACACAAGGCAUUUUACUGGUUGAGCGUUCUGUGGGCUUCCUCCUGAGAAUAAACCUGACUUACUAAGUGCCA